ACCAAAUAGAUUUCCAUCCCGCAAGUGCCUGAGAUGUGAGCAGUGGUAGUGAGCAGCGGCACGCCGGCACCGCAGCUGUCCAAAAUCUUUCCUUCCCCUGCGGCAAAUUUCUGGAAAUCUCUUCUUCAAUUUUUGUGAAAGUAAAAUCGAGAUUUCAAACGAUUUUACGAAAAAAAUCGCGUUUUUACGUUUUUAUCAUCCGAUUUUAUAAAAAUCCGAUUGUAAAGUAGAUUUUACUCGAAAUCCAUACACAAUAUCGAUUUUACGAUUUAAAACUCGAGUUUGACAACCCUGCCCAUUACUGAGAACUGUAUGUGUUUUUCCUUCAGAAGAUGGGGCAAGCUUUGUGUUGCGUUAAAGUAGAAGAAUCAACAGUGGCUAUCACGGAAACCUAUGGGAAGUUCAAAGAUGUGCUUAAGCCUGGUUGCCAUUGUUUACCAUGGUGUUUUGGAAGACAAAUAGCUGGUAAACUUUCCUUGCGUGUGCAGCAGCAGCAUGUUCGUUGUGAAACGAAAACCAAGGAUAAUUUGUUUGUUAAUGUGGUUGCUUCAAUUCAAUAUAGAGCCUCGGCUGAAAGGGCGUCAGAUGCUUUCUAUGAGCUCAGCAAUACAAGAACUCAGAUCCAAUCCUAUGUCUUUGAUGUUAUUCGGACAAGAGUUCCAAAGUUGGAGCUGGAUUCACUAUUUGAACAGAAGAAUGAAAUUGCGAGAGCUGUGGAAGAGGAACUUGGAAAGGCCAUUUCAAAGUACGGGUUUGAGAUAGUUCAGACUUUGAUUGUGGAUAUUGAACCAGAUGAGCAUUUGAAGAGAGCAAUGAAUAUGAAGAGAGCAGCCGAAGAAGAGAAGAUGUUAAAGAUCAAGAGAGCUGAAGGAGAUGCAGAGGCAAAGUAUCUGUCUGGGGUUGGGAUAGCUAGGCAGUGCCGAGCUAUAGUCGAUGGUUUGAGGGACAGUGUGCUAGCCUUCUCCGAAAAAGUACCUGGGACAACAUCAAGGGAUGUCAUGGACAUGGUUCUUGUGACUCAAUACAUUGACACAAUGAAGGAGAUUGGGGCAUCUUCAAAGUCAAACUCUGGUUUCAUCCCCUACGGGCCAUGUACCGUAAGAGACAUUGCUUCGCAGAUCAGGAGUGGUCUUCUUCAGGCCAGUAGUACUGAGUAGUACAAAAUCAUCCAGCAUUUUAUACAAGUCCAGUGAAUUCAGUAUUUUCGGAUUUGGUUUUCUUGCUUUCUUAACUCCCUUAUAUGAUAUAUUUGAGCAAGUUUAAGUGUGACAUAAACAAAUAAUGGUGAUGGAUUUUUAUACUUGUUAAUGUUCCUCCUUGUGCUUGGUUAGGAGUUACUUUUUUCAGGAAUAUUGAGAAAGCUUAUGAUGUAUAAAAUUGAAUGGUUUCA